UAGUUAAUUAAGGAAAAGGAGAAGGGGAAUUAGGGUUAUAAAUGAGAGUUGGGGAACCUCGGGCUGCGUGCAAAAGAAAAAAAAAGGGGGGAAAAUUGUUUUUCUUUCUUUUUUUUUUCCUCUCUUCUUCUUCCUCCUUCCAGCCCCCACGUUUCCUUUCACUGUACCAGUCACCGCCUCCUCUAGGGUUUUCUUCUUCUCUUCUUUUUCUAGCCAACCUCUUGCUUCCAGCCGCGCGAGGAGUCGUGCUAGUCGUCGCUGUCGACCAAGCUACGCUCGCCAGUCAUUUUUUUCUUCCCUGUCCGUCGACCCGAAGCGACGAACGACGAGCUAAAGUCGCGACUCAGAGCUGCGUCUCUCUCUCUCUCUCUGCUGCAUCGUUCUCUCCGUCCGCCAGCCGCCGGUCUAAAUCCCAAGCGUCGUCCGUCAGUCUUAGGUUCUGGUUACCGUUGGAUCACGGUGGUUCUGUCCAAUAUGUCUGUUGGGGAACGUGUGGCGGUAAAGGAAGUUUCCAAGCGGAGUAAGAGUUUGUUUUGAGGCAGUUCGUUAUCCUGAGGUGGUAGUGCGCAUGAGGCCACCGUGCAAGGACAGAGAUGAAGGGGAUAAUAUAGUACAGAACGUUACCGGUGAUUCUUUGUCAAUUAAUGGACAAACCUUUACUUUUGAUGCUGUUGCUGACACAGAGGCAACACAGCUUGAUAUCUUCCAGCUUGUAGGAGAGCCUCUUGUUGAAAAUUGUAUGGCAGGUUUCAACAGUUCUGUAUUUGCAUAUGGGCAAACGGGAAGCGGAAAGACAUAUACCAUGUGGGGUCCAGCCAAUGCUUUGUCAGAUGACAAUUUAUUAAGCGAACAAAAAGGCUUGACUCCCCGUGUUUUUGAACGUCUCUUUGCUCGUAUAAACGAGGAAGAAGUGAAGCAUGCUGACAAGUUACUCAAGUAUCAGUGUCACUGUUCUUUUCUCGAGAUUUACAAUGAACAAAUCACUGAUCUAUUGGAUCCAAAUCAGAAAAACCUCCAGAUUAGAGAAGAUGUAAAAUCUGGUGUUUAUGUUGAAAAUUUAACUGAGGAGUGCGUAUCCACAAUGGCAGAUGUUACUCGGCUUUUAAUGAAGGGUUUAUCCAACAGGCGGACUGGUGCAACAAGUGUUAAUUCUGAGAGUUCACGGUCACAUACUGUUUUUACCUGUGUUGUUGAAUCUCGAUCCAAGAGACUGGCAGAUGGUUUAAGUAGCUUUAAAACAAGUAGAAUAAAUCUUGUUGAUUUAGCUGGUUCUGAGAGGCAGAAGCUAACUGGUGCAGCUGGAGAGCGCUUGAAGGAAGCAGGCAAUAUCAACAGAUCACUCUCACAACUCGGGAAUCUUAUUAAUAUUCUUGCCGAGAUUUCUCAAUCUGGAAAGCAAAGGCACAUCCCGUACAGAGACUCCAGGCUCACUUUUUUAUUGCAAGAAUCUCUCGGGGGAAAUGCAAAAUUAGCGAUGGUUUGUGCCAUUUCUCCAUCACAAAGCUGCAAGAGUGAAAGUUUUAGCACCUUGAGGUUUGCCCAGCGUGCCAAAGCUAUAAAAAACAAAGCUAUUGUUAAUGAAGUUAUGCAAGAUGAUGUGAAUCACUUGCGUGAAGUUAUACGGCAGCUCAGGGAUGAACUACACCGACUAAAGUCAAAUGGAAAUAGUUUAAGUGACACAAAUGGAGGUCACUCUGCAGCAUGGAUCCGUAGGAGUUUAAAUCUACUGAAGUCUAGCAUAAGUCGUCCCAUUGCAUUACCUCAUGUGGAUGAUGAUGGUGAUGAAGAAAUGGAAAUUGAUGAGGAAGCUGUUGAGAAGCUCUGUGAUCAACUGGACAAACAAAAUACAGGUUCAGAUGCUAGUGAAGGAAAGGAAGCUGGAACGGUUAAAUCAGGUUCCUCAAUUGCCUUAGAAGGAAAUGAGUUAACUAAGUUUCAGCCGUGUGCUUCUGGAAGUGAAUGUCGAAAGGAAAUCUCUGAUGAUAUAGAUGUAAAUAUGGAAGAGGAAACAUCUGCACAAGAUGAGGUUAUGAUUGUUGGUUCAACAGAAGAGCCUGUUUACGAAACCCCAGUAUGUUCUGUUGCCGAUGUGCCAAACCAUAACCUUGAAGUAGAAAGUCAAAUGGCAACAGACUCGUGUGACCAAAUUCUCAUAGGUGAACCUUCGGGUAAUAGUAUUAUGAGGUCUUCAAUGGAGAGAGUGAAAAGUGAACUAAAAACUUCAGGAGAUGGCCACUUGUGUACAUCCUCUGAACCUCUCGGUGGAUCUCAGGCUACCAAGUGCGAAUUAGAUACGCUCAACAAUUUCUCAAAUGGGAUUAUUAGUUGUGUUUCUCCUCCAGGCCUCAGCAUAGUUCCUUGUGAUGUGUCUCCAAUUCUCAAAUCCCCUACUCCAAGCGUUUCACCUAGAAUUUGUGAAAGCAGGAAAAGCUUGAGGACUUCAACGAUGUUGUCUGCUUCACAGAAAGAUCUUCAGGCUGAGACUAAGCUGGGCUUACAUUGUCUGCAAAAAUCAUGUGAGAAGUCCUUAAAAAGGAGCUCCGCUAAUGCAUUAUCCCUGUUUUCUACUCAGAGUAAGAAUACUGGUGUAACAACAGAACAAUUGGCUGCAAGCAUCCGCAAUGGGCUUGAAAUUAUUGAUAGUUGUCGUCAGAGUUCAGCAUUGCGAAGGUCUUCAUUCAGAUUUUCAUAUAAACCUGCAGAAAAGGUUAAUGUGCCAAUAAACAAAAUUGAUGUUGCCGUGCAAACAUCUUGCGAUGAUGAGGCUGCUGGUGAAAACCUUGUUAUGUGCACUAGUUGCAAAAUUAGAAAGCAGCUGGAGGUUAGAGAGGAGGACAGCAGUUCAGAUCUGCAAUUAGUACCUGUGGAUGGUACAGACUCUGCCGAGAAAUCCAGGAUACAAGUUCCUAAAGCAGUUGAGAAAGUUCUUGCUGGGGCUAUCAGAAGAGAAAUGGCCCUUGAAGAAUACUGCAACAAGCAAGCAUUUGAUAUAAGUCAACUCAACCGUUUGGUACAACAGUAUAAGCAUGAGAGAGAAUGCAAUGCUGUGCUUGGGCAAGCCAGAGAGGACAAAAUUCUUCGCCUUGAGAGCCUCAUGGACGGUGUUUUACCAACUGAGGAAUUCAUGGAGGAGGAACUGGUGUCACUCACGCAUGAGCAUAAGAUAUUGAAGGAAAAAUAUGAGAAUCACCCUGAAGUCCUACAGACACGAAUGGAGUUGAAAAAAGUUCAAGAUGAAUUGCAAAGUUACAGGAAUUUCUAUGACUUGGGUGAGAGAGAAGUGCUAAUGGAGGAGAUUCAGGAUUUAAGAAGUCAGCUGCAAUAUUACAUCGAUUCACCUUCCACAUCCUUGCGAAACUCUCCUUUACAAUUGACUUAUUCUGAGCCUAGUAGUGCUCCACCUCUUGGUGCAAUUCCCGAAUCAACAGAAGAGAGUGCUGAGGAGAAACAUGAACAGGAGAGAGCUCGUUGGACCGAGGAGGAGAGCAAAUGGAUCUCUCUUUCAGAAGAACUCAGAAGUGAACUUGAAGCGAGCAGGUUGUUAGCAGAUAAAAGAAAACGAGAGUUUGAAGCUGAGAAGAAAUGUGCUGAAGAGCUGGAGGAAGCUAUGCAAAUGGCUAUGGCAGGUCAUGCACGGUUGCUGGAACAGUAUGCAGACUUGGAAGAAAAGCACAUGCAAUUGCUUUUAAGACAUAGAAAGAUACAGGAUGGAAUUGGGGAUGUAAAAAAGGCAGCUUCCAGAGCAGGAGUGAAGGGAGCAGAGUCCAAGUUUAUAAAUGCCCUUGCUGCUGAAAUUUCAGCACUUAAAGUUGAAAGAGAGCGAGAAAGGCGCUAUCUAAGAGAUGAGAACAAGGGACUUCAAGCUCAAUUGAGAGAUACUGCUGAAGCUGUGCAGGCUGCAGGUGAAUUGCUUGUGCGGCUCAAAGAAGCAGAGGAGGGAGUUGCUGCUGCUCAGAUGCGAGCAAUUGAAGCUGAGCAAGAAGUCGAGAAGGCCUACAAACAGAUUGAUAAAUUGAAGCAAAAACAUGAAAAGGAAAUCAGCACACUCAAUGCUCUCAUCGCAGAUUCUCGUUUACCAAAGGAAGCUAUACGACCUGCUUACGACGAUGAAAUUAGCAAAGCCAAAUACGACAUAGAUGAUUCCCAUGAUCAGCGUUGGAGAGAGGAAUUUGAGCCAUUCUACAAUGGCGAAGAUGGUGAGCUACCUAAACUCUCAGAACCAUCCUGGUUCACUGGAUAUGAUAGAUGCAACAUAUAAUAGGAUGAAAAGAUUAUGGUAGUGCGACCAUAUACAUGUCACCCGUAAAUUCUCCAAUUAUAUAUAGUUGUUCAAUGUAACACUCUUUCUUGGUGUUCGCAUUAACUGAUUAUGAGGAGAACUGCAUGAUAGUUCCCUUUAUUGUUUGUAUUUCAAAUUCACAUUGUGGAAGUUCAUAAGAGUGAAAUGAAUUGUAGAAUUCUUUUAUCGUUUC